AUGGACAUCGGGUCUUCUGUAAAUGGUGCGACGCGUGUUCAUUACAUAGUGACUGUGAACUUCUUUGUCUGGAUGUAUCUAGGAGCCUCCAACUAUCAUACGACAGGCUCUAUUAUGGUUCAGCAUAUUCUAAAGAGGCGCCAACAGUAUGAGAAGAACUUACAAGCAGCUUUAUGCCGUAUAGGCGUCCUGGACCAGCCAAGCUUGCCACUGCUUCAAGCACUGCUUUCCGGUGCCAUGUUUAUGCUCCUCUCGGGGAAAUUGGAGAUGUGUUGGCAGUUGAGUGCGUCAGCAUCGAGAGUAUGCAUGGCCUUGGGUGGACCUCGCCGGAUCAGCUCUCAGACCAUGGCUGCCCAUGAGCUGCGAGAAACUCGGUAUACUUUGUCGAUCUGCUACAUGUUUGAUAGAGCGCUGGCUCUGAGCAUGAACCGCUGCCUGUCUCUUCCUCAAUUCGACAUGAAUCCUGCGGAACUAGUGCCACCAGACGCAAAGAAGCCAUACACUUCACUCAUUCAAGUCUUUCUGCAAUUGGCGGAGGUUCAAUCCGAGAUUGUUCACCACGCGGAGAUCAAGAACAUGAAAGCACGGGAAGAUGUUGAAACAGUCCAAACAUUGCAAGGAAAGAUGUGGAAAAUAAAAGAAACGUGUCAAAAGCAGCCCUUGCAUACCGAGGAGAUGUAUCUUCAGGCCGAGUGGAUGGGCGUAGAUUUUGUCUAUCAUUCCGUCAUGACAUCGGUUGUCAAGCUCCACCCGUACCUGAUGGAUGAUACUGGUUUACACCAGCAAUUGCUUGGCUACGCUCGCACAUCUCUUAGGCUUAUUUUGUUAUAUCCCGUUUACCCCUUUUUCGUCAUUUUCACCCACACAGUCAACACCUCGAGUCUUCAAGAUUACAGCUUGAUAACUCAGGUUACAACAAGCCUCCAGGAGUUUGCUGGCCAUAAUCCAGCUUUGAUGGGAGUCCAAAAGCUUUUCGAGGAAUUCGUUAAACUCUGCAAGCCUAUCUUUGAGGCGAACAGGUCGAUCGACGUCACAUCCCCAGCAGUCCCAGUAACAGCAAAUUUGCCACCGCAAAAGACUACGCCGCACACACACCAUAAUAGGGUUUCUCAAGGUCUUUCAGGCCCUUCUGAGAUAGGGUCUUUCACAUCAUUGGUACAGGAUGCACUAUCUAUCCCGGUAGCAGGGGAACAUGUAGCCAGCGGGAUCACAUUCCCUGACUUGAGCACUCUGGAGGAGAACGAGUUGCUAGCAGAGUUAUACAGCACACAUCCAUCAAUAGGCUGGAUAGAUGGCAAUUGGUCAAUAUCGUAA